AUUUAAUUAGUGCAAGAUGUUGUCAAGAUAUAUAAGUUCCAUAUUAUCCCGUUCUUGUCAAAAAUCAUCACAAUUUAAAAGAAGUUAUAGCGCAGUUCCUCUCGCCUUUAAUAAGUAUCAAAAAGAAGAUAACACUGAUAAAAGCCUGAUUGUACUUCAUGGAUUAUUCGGUAGUAAGUCAAAUUGGAAUAGCUUGUGUAAAGCUUUUGCUCAAAAGACGGUUCCAAAGAGAAAGAUUUUUGCAAUAGAUGCACGAAAUCAUGGUGAUACCGAACAUACUCAAAAUCAUAAUUAUGAAUUGAUGGCAGAAGAUAUUCGAGAAUUUAUUGAAGAAAAUAAUCUUGCUAAAGCUUCCUUAUUAGGUCAUUCGAUGGGCGGUAGAGCUGUCAUGUAUCUAGCAUUAAAGUAUCCUUAUUUAGUCGAGAAACUCAUUGUUGUUGAUAUUUCACCCAUCGGACGUAUAGGAUCAACUCAAAGCAAUAUACCAUUAUUCAUACAUGCUAUGCAGUCAUUAAAAAUUGAUAAUCAAAAUACUAUUCAGCAAGCUAGAGCUGCUGCACAUGUUAAAUUAAGUGAAAUAAUUAGCGAAAAGUCGUUACGAGACUUCCUUAUCACAAAUUUAAUCAGAGACGAAACUGGAAAAUUUUCAUGGCGAAUAAAUUUAGAGACAUUAAAUAGAUGCUUCCAAACUGGCGUAGCUCAAUUUCCAAGUACGCAAGGAAUGCACUUUGAUGGACCGACACUUUUUAUUGGAGGAUCCAAAUCUGAUUAUUUGAAACCAGCAGAUAAACCCGCAAUAGAGAAGCUCUUCCCGAAGUCAACAAUUGAAUUUUUAGAUGCUGGUCAUUGGGUGCACGCAGAGAGAAGUGAAGAGUUCCUUAACUUAGUCAUUAAUUUCCUGAACAAAUGAGAUUAUAGACUGUACAUUAAAUUAAAAGAAAACAUGUAAAUAGAGAAAUAAAGAUCUAAUUCGCAUAA